ACUGGGCACAGCAGUUGAAGAAAGCAAAGCUUCGGUCGUUUCCCUCCUUCGACCAUGGGGUCACUUUCGCUCCUUCCUUCUAUAAAAGGACGCAAGCAUUCUUCCGUCUCCUAGUCCUAUAAACGGACAGUUGAAUUUCAAAAACCUCUUUCAAGUUUAACAAUUCGGCGUUAUUUCUAGGGCUCAAAACUGACCAGAGGCCUGUACCCAGAAAAUGAGAAGCAGCUUUUCUUUUCUCGGAGCCCGAAUCUCCAUCUCCACUGUGUUAUAGGCCUCGAGCUUUCAAUUCCUUAGCUUUGUUUUGUUACUGGCGCUUUUUAUUUAUCUCUGCUUAUCUCUAAGGAUUCCAAAGCAAUGCCGACUUUUCCAGCAAUUGCUUUGGAAAGAUUACUGGAACCUAGUCCGCGAGAUCCUCCUAGAACCACCUCCCUCUCUCUCAAGCAAGACAACUGCAAUAACAAGAACGGGAACAGCAACGCUGACAGAACCAUCAAUGGCUCUGAUGCGAAGAAACCGCCCCCCAGGCAUAUCUACAUAACCCCUGCUCUGUACACGACUCCAGAGCCCGCUCCAAUUCCAGUUUCUUCUUCUGCUUCGAUUUCGCCUUCACCUUACGUUGUCAACCGGAAACGUCGUGAUCUCCGGGUUCCAGACGCCGUGAGUCGGCUUGAUGGGUUCGAAAUUCGGCAGAAGCCGAAAGAAGAGGGGGAUUCCGGUGGACUUGGUGGCGGCGGCAAAAGCAGCCUAGUGAAGCCCGUGGGUGAAGUGUCUAUUAAUGACCCACUUGUUGAAAUCGAAGAAGAAGGAGAAGAGAUGAAACAAGAAGGGUGUGAAAGUCUUACGAAUGUGGAGAUUGCUGCGGGUGUACAAGUAUUGGAUGAGGGGAGUGCUGCUGUGAGCAAUGAUGCUUGUGAUGAUUUCUUUGAUCCCCGAGAUUCGAUGAGUGUUGCAAGCUGUAGCGAAACGGAGGAUGUGCAACAACUUGCUGGGAGGCACACUCCAGUGGCUAACCAAAGCGUGUUUUAUGAUGCUGAUGAAGAAUUCUUCUCCGACGGAUCUAUUUCAAAUGCAUCUCCAUAUUUGUGCCGAAAUAUUGAGGCAGAACUGUGUGAUGCAAGGGUCAAUCUAUUUGAGGAGAUUGAGAGGCGGAAGAAAGCAGAGGAUGCUCUUUCUCAAAUGCGCAACCAGUGGCUGAGGAUUAGAAAACAUUUAUCACAAGCAGGUUUAUCAGUGCCUGUAAAUUUGGAUGCUGAAAAUAACAUGCAACUUGAGGUGGAUGUGGCAGAGCAGUUAUGUCAGGAAGUUGUUAUUGCAAGGUAUGUUUCGGAAGCAGUUGGAAGGGGUCAGGCUCGUGCUGAAACUGAAGCAAUUGCAGAGGCAUUGAUUAAAUCCAAGAACCAGGAAAUUUCUCGUCUGCAGGACAGAUUACAAUACUAUGAAACAGUUAAUCAUGAAAUGUCUCAGAGGAAUCAGGAAGAGAUAGCACGAAGGAAGCAGUACAGGAGAAAGAUGCAGCGGAGAUGGAUAUGGAGUUGCGUAGGCAUGUCCAUCAUCCUUGGAACUUCUAUGCUUGCUUACAAAUGCCUUCCGCACGCUAAGAAUCAUUUGGCACUGACCUUGAGUGACUUCUCUGAUUCUUCUCUAAACACAAAAAAACCUACCUGAGUUGUUCCUUUUCGUUUUGUGUUUGCCCUUUCAAUCGUAUCCUACCUACUCUGAUCUGAACACAAUUACGCCCCCAAGCUUUAUAUUGAAGCUGUGAUGCUUCCAAAAGAUUUCCUUAAGAUAUGAUGUACCGUGGGCAGAGAUGAACCAGAAUUUUUAAGGUUGUUUAGGACUUUAGAUGCUUAGACCUUUUCUGUUAGGGACUUGGGGCAUGGGAUUUUAGAAGUUGGUAUUGGUGGUAAUGUGAUACUAAUCCUUUGUAUUUUUUUUUUUUGUGGGGGGAGAGGGGGCGUUGUAAUAGGCAAAUAUUUCUGGGUUUGAGUAAAAAACCGAGUCGAUGAAUUUUUUAUGGGACAGGAGCUUCUAACCUUUUUUUUUUUCCUUUUUAGCACAUGAAAUCUUUAUCAUCUUUUUCUUGAAGAUAUCCUCUUUUUUACUUCUUUAUAAAACCUGUCAUAUGAUUAUGGUUAUUGUAAGCACAAAUUUAUAACAAAAGGGGAAAAACAGAAAAAGAAAUAAGAAGAGCGGUAUGUAUUCAUUCUUC